GAAACGGUCACGGUCCAUGUCUUAAGGACACAAACACCAGCGCGCUGACAACAGUUGUUGACAGCAAUGUCGAGAGAAAACACCACUCGGAGUUUGGACAGCAUAGACCUCGCUGCUUUAAGGGACCCAGCAGGUAUCUUUGAGCUGGUGGAGGUGGUUGGCAAUGGAACCUACGGUCAGGUGUACAAGGGUCGCCAUGUCAAGACGGGCCAACUGGCAGCUAUCAAAGUCAUGGAAGUCACAGAGGAAGAAGAAGAGGAGAUCAAGCUGGAGAUCAACAUGCUGAAGAGCUAUUCCCACCAUAGGAACAUCGCUACUUAUUAUGGAGCUUUUAUUAAGAAAGGUCCUGCUGGGCAGGACCACCAACUCUGGUUGGUGAUGGAGUACUGCGGAGCCGGCUCCGUCACAGACUUGGUGAAGAAGACCAAGGGGAACUGUCUGAAGGAGGACUGGAUAGCAUACAUCUGCCGAGAGGUGCUCAGGGGUCUUUCCCAUCUUCACGCCCAUCAUGUGAUCCACAGAGACAUUAAGGGGCAAAAUGUUUUGCUCACGGAGAACGCCGAAGUCAAACUGGUCGAUUUUGGAGUGUCGGCGCAGCUGGAUAAGACGGUCGGCCGGAGGAACACCUUCAUCGGCACGCCCUACUGGAUGGCUCCGGAGGUCAUCGCCUGCGACGAGAACCCCGAUGCCACAUAUGACUACAGGAGUGACCUCUGGUCUUUAGGCAUCACUGCUUUAGAGAUGGCCGAAGGAGCCCCUCCUCUGUGUGACAUGCAUCCAAUGAGAGCGCUGUUUUUGAUUCCACGAAACCCUCCGCCCAAACUCAAAUCAAAGAAAUGGUCCAAGCGCUUCCUGUCCUUUGCCGAUAGCUGCCUGGUCAAGAACCAUCUGCAUCGACCCACCACGGACGCCCUGCUGAGACACGCCUUCAUCAGGGACCUGGCCAACGAGAGACAAGUGCGCAUCAUGCUCAAGGAUCACCUCGACAGAACCAGGAAGAAGCGAGAGAAAGAGGGUCCAGAGUACGAGUACAGCGGUAGUGAAGAAGAGGAUGACGAAGUGACCGAGGAGGAAGGGGAGCCCAGCUCCAUCGUGAACGUUCCUGGGGAGUGGACGCUGAGGCGGGAGUUUCUUCGCUUACAGACGGAGGAUUGCGACGGGGGGAGAGACGGCGGCCAUGGGGGAGGCGGCGGCGGUCAAACAAGACAGAAGGCGUUGCAGCAGCACAGGCAGCAGCUGGCGGAGCAGGAGCUCUACAAGCAGCAGCUACUGGCCGACAGACAGAAGAGGAUCCAACAGCAGCACGAGCAGCGGCAGAAGUUAGAGGAUCAGCAGAGGCGGCAGCUGGCGGACUGCGCCUUUCAGUGGGCGGAGCUUCAAGAGAUCUUGCUGGGGGAGGAGUCCGAUCUCCACGACAACAGAAUCUUAUUGGAUGAGCGGAACAGGAGGAGCGACAGGAGACAGCAGGACCAGGCAGGCAAACCUGAUGUGUCAGUGAGGCCUCUGGACUCCGCCGCAGAGCAGAGAGCCCCGGCUCCCAACCAGCCGCUGCCGCGCACGGCCCCGCCCCGCCAGCCCCCGCCCUCCUCCCAGCCGCGAGCCGAGCCGCGGCCUCUGGCGCAGCAUCAGCAGCCGGCGGCAGCGGGUCGGAGAUCCCAGCGCACGCUGCCCAAGGACCAAACCCAGCUGCUGUCGCUGCAGCACGACCACAGGCACCGGGAGAGAGAGAGGCAGAGGCAGAGGGAGAAGCCCGUGGCGGGCGUCCAGAAGCUCACUGCUAACAGCGGGAGCACGGCUGCCGCCGCCGCCGCCACUGCCGCCGCCACCGCCGCCGCCUCUUCCUCGCCCAGUUGCCCCGCAAACAGCCAGCGCUCAGCGAUCGACCUCCAAGAAUCCAACCUAGCCAGGCUGCUGUUGGCUGCCGGUCUGCCCAGCCAGAUGCACCCGAGGCUGGGCUCUGGGAGCAGCUCAAGUCCUUGUACCCCAGCCAUGCAGAGGGCUCACCUCAGCCAGAAUGCCAAUCUGAGCUCGAGUCGAGACAUCCCUCACAGCAGCUCCAUGUCGGACAUGGCCCUCUCUCCGCUGUCCCCGCUUUGCCCCGCAUCCCCGACUGACGAUGUCUUCUGGGACCCCAAGACGCCACCAAAGGUCCCAGAGCGCACCACCUCCAAGUUCUACUGCCGAGAGCUGGUGAUGGGACACAAGAGGGCCGCCUCAAGUGGCGGUCCGGUGUCCGUAGCCGAUAAGAGUGGACGGCCUGUGUCUCACGGAGUGACCUCCGGCAGCGGCAGCAGCCACCAAGGCUACUUGAAGCUGGAGAGUCCUCUUCUACAGCACCGUCUGCAGCAGCACAGGAGGACGCAAGAGAACGUGACCAGUGGACACACACAAGGCGUGAGGUCAGCCCUGGGUCGGCUUCACAAGGCCACGGAAUACUCCUCGUCCAGCGACGAGCCCGGCAGCAGCGACGACGAGGAGAGGAACCGGUCUGGCCUGUCCAAUGGAAAGGGAAAGUACCGAGGAAUACCCGAUGGCAUCGUACUGCAACCUCACCACAAUCUCAACCAGAUCUCUCGGAUAGGUUCAGAUGACACCUCCCUGCUACCGGACCUACUGCAGAAAACCUCCUCCUCCAGCAGUCCUACCCACAAUCCACUGGGCCAGCAGCGGCAAACACACAAGCUCAGCUACUCGCAGUUGCCCACGGCGCCCCGAUCCCCGACACACCAGGAGCUGCAUGCCGUCAGCAGUCCCACUGAUAAAAACACCUCGUCCUCUUCGUCCUUCCUGUCAUUCGUGGAUCCCAGACUGAUCCCCAUGUCGUCGCCACCUCAGAGCCCUGUGGGCGGUAAAGGUGAGCCAAUCAAGCGGGAGAACCACAGGAAGGGCUCCGUGGUGAACGUGAACCCAACCAACAUUCGACCGCAGAGCGACACUCCGGAGAUCCGCAAGUACAAGAAGAAGUUCAACACCGAGGUUCUCUGUGCUGGACUUUGGGGUGUGAAUCUGCUGGUGGGGACCGAGAACGGCCUGUGGCUGCUGGACCGAAGCGGUCAGGGGAAGGUCUACUCCCUCAUCAGCAGACGCAGGUUUCAGCAGAUGGACGUGCUGGAGGGACUCAACGUGCUGAUCACUAUUUCAGGUAAAAAGAACAAGCUCCGCCUCUACUACCUGUCCUGGUUACGGAAUAAAAUCCUCCACAACGACCCAGAGGUGGAGAAGAGACAGGGUUGGACCUCGGUAGGUGACCUGGAGGGCUGUGCACACUACAAAGUGGUGCGUUACGACAAGAUAAAGUUCCUGGUGAUUGCGUUGAAGAGUGCUGUGGAGGUGUACGCCUGGGCCCCCAAACCCUACCACAAGUUCAUGGCUUUUAAGUCUUUCAGGUCCCUGCCUCAAAAGCCACUGUCCGUUGACCUGACGGUGGAGGAAGGUCAGAGGUUGAAGGUCAUCUACGGCUCCUUGUCCGGCUUCCACGCCAUCGAUGUGGACUCUGGAACACCGUACGACCUCUACCUGCCCACGCAUAUCCAGGGUUCUAUUCGGCCCCACGCCAUCAUCAUUUUGCCAAACAGCGCUGGAACAGAGGUGCUGGUUUGCUACGAGGACGAGGGCGUCUACAUCGACACCUAUGGCCGCAUCACCAAGGACACGGUGCUGCAGUGGGGGGAGAUGCCCGCCUCGGUCGCCUACCUUCAGUCUAACAAGGUGAUGGGUUGGGGAGAAAAGGCCAUUGAACUGAGGUCGGCCAACACAGGGAACCUGGAGGGAGUUUUUAUGCACAAAAAGGCACAGAAACUCAAGUUCCUGUGUGAAAGGAAUGACAAGGUGUUCUUUGCCUCUGUGCAGUCGGGAGGCAGCAGUCAGAUUUACUUCAUGACUCUCGGGCAGAACUCACUGUUCAACUGGUAACGACUGGACCUGUUACUCUGGGAUCAACCGCUGGGGUCUGCCCUCAUUAUUCUGUUGUUUUUUCUGGCGAUGGCUUUUUCAUUUUUUAUUUGCGCCGUCUGACCCUCAGCUCCGUGGAAACUGGACCCCAAAACAAAGAUCAAUGAAUGACUUCCUGGAUCCACAGCCGAGACACACAGCUGGAGGAAUGGGUCCUUCCUCCAGCUGUGUCUGGUUUGUCUUCGUGGAAGCAACAUGUGUUCAAAGUGGAACCAGAAGUCCAUAAUUCAAUCCAAGGGCAUCAUCUGGAUGUUUCCAGGACCUCAGUGUGGACCAACCACUACUCCACGUCAUUCCGCAUAUCGUCGUGAAUGCUUGCCGUCGCUUCCCUAAUGAUUCUUUAAUCAGCUUCCAUGUCCAGCCGCGUCUGCAAUACCUCAGCGGUGUUAUUUAUGAAGGCCUUGCGUCGACCCGACAGUCAGCAGCCGUAGUGAAUCCUCAUUAUUAGACAGCAUUAUGAUAAGCACUAUCAAAGUAUUCAGCAUUAUUGAGAUUCAGUCAGUUAUGUUCAACUGGAUCCAUCGUUGUCGAUACACCGUCCAUGUGAGCAAAAUAAGGCAACAUGUCCGAAUUCAAUAACUUCAUUGUGUCAUCCCUUGUUAUCACCUGGAGGUCCACUUCCCUCUGUUUUGAGCCUGCGUGAAUAUUAUCUUAAGAUAUGAUAAUGAUAUAUACCUUUAUUCGUCCCACAGUGGGGAAAUUUCAAAAAUCUUGAAUUGAUGAUUCUUCAUACUUGCUGCAUUCCACAUUUUGCAUUAAAAAUGAUUUAAGCAGGUGUUCUUUUAACGUAAUCCUAAUUCAGUACGUCACCGGUCCCAGUUCGAGCAUUCUCUCCACCAAGUCAUUUUAGUUUGUAUGAAGUAGAGAUACAUAACCGGCUCAGAAUUAUCUUCUGCAUCUAUUUUGUACAGCUGAGGAUGUCUAUAUUCUUGUAAGAUGCACUGUUUGCCAAAUAUUUUAUAAUGGACAAGCCAUUUGUAUGUUUGUGUACCGGAUUAUGAUCAGGUUUAUGAAUGUGAAACUCCAUCCAUCCCAGAACAGAGGUCCAAAAGGCUUGUGAACAUGAACACGAGCUACUGGUGGUGAACUUGAAGAUCAGGUCAUGUAUCGUAUGAAUUCCUGUCAGGCUCUUUGCACUCUGGCCACCUUGUACAUGUUUUCUGUAAAAAAUAUCCUUCUUUUGAAAUGACUAUUUUUCUUCUUCUUGUUUUAGAGUGGAAACAUUUAAAGCCAUUCUGUAGUCAGUAUUGGAGAUAUAGCUGAUCUUACACUCCCCGAGAGGGGACUCACACAGUUGUGUCUUCUAGAUGUGAUGAGACGCCGUGAUCUGGGCCUGUUGUAUCGUAGCUUCUCUGCUUUCUCUCGAUCUGUUACACAAAGAGCGUCAACGCAAGAGAACCAAAGAUAAAGGCUUUGAUGUACUGGCUCCCUUGAAUCCAACCGUGUAACAAAUUACAGCUGACAUGUUCAAUGUAUAUAGAAUUAUUAUACACUGAUGACAACUAGACCGACACAUCAGACACAUGGAACACAGGAACGAUGGGUCUCGCUACAUCACAAUGAAGAUAUAUGCAAUUUAAUGUCGCUAGUGAUCAUAUAUUUAAUAGCUUACAUGUAUGCAUUAGAGAGGGCUGCCGUGAAGAAACAAUGGGUUUUAACCUUAAAAUGUGAAUUUGUAACUUUUAAUUUCCAUUAUCGAUCCGAUUUUGGUCAACUUCCUUAUGUUUUAUGUCGCAUUAUCUUCAUAUUUUGUAUUUACUCUUGAAUGUUUUUAUAUUCAGUGAUAAUUCAGGUGUUUACUUCGGACUUGAUACAAAUAUUGCAGCUGGUUCUGUGAGAAUGUUUUAAACUGGAAAAAGGAGCUUCCUGGCGAUGGCCGUCUCGUUGCUACGUUGUUACCAAAUGUCACACAGUGUUUAGUGUACGAUGGGAAAGUGAGACGGAUAGAUAGUUACCGUGGCGACAGUGCAUGGAGGAGGCCAGACUAAUCUUAACAGGCUAACGGAACUAAAGUUGCUAGCUAACAAGGGCUAAACAUUUGAGAACCACGCGAGCUAGCUUAAAUUCACGCUAACUUUUCUAGCUAACGUGGUUAAAGUAGCAAAAUACCUUCUCAAGCUAACAUUUGACACGGGUGUAUUUCAAAUUGUAAUUCAAGAGACAUCAAAUGGUAAAAUAAUUCUCCAGAAGAUGUAUCCCUUUGUGCAGCUGAUAGCGACUCGACGUUAAAUGGGAUUCAAAUACACUUUUAACACGUAGAUUCAGACAGAAAUUUCGAAAUUUUUAUUUUACAAAAAUCCUCACUUGAAUGCAUUUAGAUGUUCUGUGAAUUAUGGGAUGGUUAGCGUCAGACACACUGGGCCAGCUUGUGGUCAGCUCAGCACGGACAACGUUGGCCAGGUCCUCAUCCCAAGACCCCGACCAGGCUGGUCCAGACGGGACCGGAGACUAAAACUAGCACAGGUUCCACUUUACAUUUACACGGACAAUGUCCAGUCCCCACCCACAGUAGCCUGCAGUGUUGCCAGGUCCGCGGUUUUCCCGCGGAAUUGGGCUACUUUUGAAGUGUUGCCGCGGGUUGAAUUUCUUGUCCGCUGGUUUGGGUAGACCUAUUUUGCAUGCAAAUUACAUGAAUAUCUUUAAAUAAAAAUCCAUAUUUUAAAUGAAAUAAUUUAUUUAUACCCAAAUCCUACAAAACUGACUCCAGAUCAGCACGUACACACAUGGACAUGGACUUUAAAAGCAGUGUAUAUGGUUUGGCACGGGCAUAUUUUGAGUUCUGAUAUUGGCCAUUGGGCUGGUUUUGAUUGGCCAUUGGGCUGGUUUUGUCACACAGACCUAGCAACCCUGGUGUAUGUGCUGCACUCCACGACCCAACACGCUCGGUCAGCUGUCCGGUGGUCACCAGGACAUGUCGGCAAAAAGCAGUCCUUCCACCGGUCAGCCCUCCGAUUGAAACUCUUUCACACCGGGUCAGGAGUUCUGCGUAAGUCGUCACAGUUUGAUUCUUUUUACCGCAGUAAUGUAAAUGUGUAUACGGUUACAUCGCCACGAUCAAACACAUGUAUGAGUUCAGUCUUGUUAAGUGUAUGCAUUGUAAAAAAAAAAAAACGUUUGCUUGUCCUUAGAUUGAACUGAGAAGGUCACAUUGUUGGAUGAGUAUGUGUACAUUCUCCACGUUGUUUCCCAUCAACGCCUUUACUCCAAACGCGGCGGCUAUCCGCUCAUCGUCGCCGCUUCGAUCUUCAUCCUGAGACACAAUGAGAUGGGUUCUGCACAGCCGGCGUCCCAACGACGCAGCUUUGCAUGUGGGUCCAUCCAUUUGUCAUCUCGGAGACUCAAUGAGGACGUGUUUUCUCUCCUGCACUUUGCUCUCUCUCUCUAUCUCACUGUGCUGAACAUGUGGGCCUCGCUGUGCUAACGAGACGGAGAGAGAUGAGCAUCCGCCUACACCGUCCACCAGUGACUCACAUCUCCAAGUCAACACGUCUCUGUCAUUCCAUUUGCACCUUGUGCUCCUCUCUCUCUCUCUCUUCCUCCAGAGGAAAGUCUCUCCCAAAAAAAAAAGUUUUUUAAAAAGGCUCCAGAAACCCGAGUAUUCGAAAGGGAUCGAGGGGUGUGUCAAUGUGCUCGUUAAUUAGAUGCGUUACUUUCUGCUUUUCGAAAGGUGGUUUAGCGCUACUGCCGUUAUUGCUUUCGUCGGCCGGUGUACGAGCGGAAGUCUGGAUGAGCUGCAGAAGGAACACGAAGGUCGCUUUGCAUAUUUGUCUUUUGAGUAAAGAAAACGGCGGGGGGAGGGGCGUGAAGCCAUUCACUUCAACCUGCCAUCGGACGGGCCUGCGUUCCACCGCGGGGCGCCAGACUGCACGUGUGCAAUGAGGAAUUUGUAGAUGACGGUGGUGAUGAAGAGGAGGCGAGGAUGUGAGGGAGCGUCCGAUUCAGCCAACAGUUAAUGAGUACCGUCGGUGUUCAGUUACUCGACCCGGAGGAAAAGAAAGAGCUUGCAGUAUAAAGUUUUUAACGCCAUUUGUUGUACAUUCUAAACACACCAAAUACUAUCUAUACAUAUACAUGUAUAUAUAUUAGAUUUUAUCGAUUCAUUGUUGCAGCCCUAAUAUAUAUAUAUAAAGAGUUUAUAUUCCCCUUGACCCUUUUAUUUCUCUCCCAUACUUUGUUUAAUUCUGAGCCACUAUACCUAUGUGUACUGUACGCUUGUGCUUUGAGAUGAGAGACGCUGAGACAACAAUAAAUAUGAUAAGCGCC